UCUCAGCUGUGAAUGUGUGCCUUGAGCACGACUGUCUAAUUCAUGAUCUAGUUCUAUUGGAAGGGAGCGGGACAGAAGGACAAGAGAGAUUCAUUAUCUUUCUAUCAGUGUUUAUCAACGCUUGCUCAAACGGUCUGCUUUUUAAUUCUUGGAACAUUCUUGACCUUUUCGCUGUCCACAACUAAUUCCCAUUCGAAACCCCUGUGGUGUGUGAGCCUUCAUCUGAGAGAGGAACCGUCAUCUGUCUGUUGCCAUGUUUCUCUCUCACUCACUCUCACUCCAGAACAGAAAAGGGCACAGAGGCUAUUAAUAGCAAACAAACAGGAUACAACUGGACUACUAGAGGAACUGAGCGACGGCUAAAGACUGCUGACCUAGAAGGAGCCACAGAGAGAAACAGCCAUGACAGAAUAUUACCAGAUCUUAGGGGUCCAGAGAAACUCGUCGGCGGAGGACAUUAAAAAAGCGUACAGAAAGCUAGCACUCAAGUGGCAUCCAGACAAGAACCCUGACAACAAGGAGGACGCAGAGAGAAAGUUCAAAGAGCUUUCAGAAGCCUAUGAGGUCCUGUCAGACGCAAACAAGAGGAACCUGUAUGACCAAUAUGGGAAAGAAGGCCUAACAGGAAGCGGAGGGGGAGGAGGAGGCCAUUAUCACAACGCAGAUCACUUCGGUGGUGGGUUCACAUUCCGUAAUCCAGAGGACGUCUUCAGGGAAUUCUUCGGGGGACGAGAUCCAUUUGCAGAUUUCUUCAUGGACGAUGACUUCUUCGGCGGGGGUCAAAGGCAGCGAGGGGUGAGCCGGAGCAGGACCGGGGGACCCUUCGUCCACGGUUUCGGGGGCUUCCCCCCCUUUGGGGCAGGCUUUCCAGUGUUUGAUUCAGGUGGGCCUCCCCUGCAGCACGGUUUCACUUCGCUGGGGCAUAUGGGUGGAGGGGGCUUUGCCACGUUCUCCUCUUCAUCUUUUGGUGGUAGCGGAGGAGGAGGAGGGGGGAUGGGCAACAUCCGCUCAGUAUCCACCUCCACCAAGUUCGUCAACGGCAGAAGAAUCACCACAAAGCGGAUUGUGGAGAAUGGCCAGGAGAGGGUGGAGGUGGAGGAGGACGGUCAGUUGAAGUCUCUAACCGUCAACGGUCUGGAAGAUGAGGACUGGCGACAGACCGCUUUCCCUGGUCCCCACUCCCACCAAAGCUACCUGAGGAACACCUCACAGAGCCCCCUGGAGGAAGACGAGGAGUGCGGGCUACAGAGCCUGGGACUCGCCAGAGGACACAUGGACACUAAGAGGAAGAAAUAUCCUUGGAGACAGGAGGCGGAGCUCAAAAAGAAGAGAACACCUCGAUUGGCUACUCGAAUUGGUGCCUUGUUCUAAAGCACCGCCUUUUGACUGCCCUUCCCUGUACGUGUCACCCGGAGGGGAAGAGCAUCAGUAGAUGUGACAUUAACACGACUCAGCCGUAGGGAUACUAAAAUCAGGAAACUUUCCCAAAAUUCCCAGGUUUUUCCUCAAAUUCCAGUUCCAAGAUUCCUGGAAUCAAGAGGGACUGAGAAUGACAUUUCUGGGAAAAAGUUACAGGAAUUUUGCAAACCUACUUAACCAUCUACAUUGAUCAUGCCAGCCCACCACCACCACCCCAUCACUGUGCCAGGUCUCCCCUUCUCUAUCAACUGCUCAGCGCAAGCAGCAAAUCUUAUUAGAUGUCUUUUAUGGAAGACAUUAGACUCUCUCAAGAUCUGUUUCUCUACCAACAGUUCCUCUGUUUCUCUGCAGUUUAUUUAUCGUCCCCCCCCCAGAUGUCAGUAGAGAGGAGCAGUUCUGUUUUUCAUUAUUUUGCAUUCAUCACAAAUAGAUGGUGGGCCCGGAAAAUAAUUGGUCUCCUCUGAAUGGAAUGCUCAAUUUAUUUCAUCAAAUGUACUUUCCGAAAGGUUUCUAGUUUGUUUAUUUUUUAUUUUUUAAAGGGAUCUGAAGGGUGGAAGUAAAUCGAACGGGCGUGAAUUGUCUGGAAGAGCCUGCGACAGUAGUGUAAUGAUGUCAGAGACGCUGACGGCCAUUUAGGUAUAGGUGGGACUUGAAACCUUAAAGACAAGAGUUUAUAGAAAUGAUUUACGUGAGUUUGGGUGAACUGUCUCUUUAGAGACCAAUAUGAGGUCAGGGAGAGAGGAGUGUCCAGAGAGAUCACAGAACUUGGCUUCAAGAGCAAAAAGGAAAGAAGAAGAUGGAGUUGCAAAAGCACUUUGGGCGUAAAGCACUUUGUGACACCUGCUGAUGUAAAAUGCAUCUGAUUGAUGCAGAAAACACACCGGAAUAUACUGUAGCUUUUGUCUGCGCCGAGGGAAAUAUUCUUGCUAUCUUACACCAAAGAGAACAGUAAUAGCAAAGGAAGACUUGCUGUAUUGGGGCAGUCUCUCACCCCUUCAUGUACAAUAGCCCCCCCCCCCCCCCCCCCCCCCCCUGGCAUCGCUCUACUGUAAUCUGAAUUGUGCCCGUAUAACUGCAUGUGGCCGUCUCCCUUUCUAGCCUCUCGCAAAGGCUUGUCACUUGGUUUUUUACGUUUCACUGCUUUGGUUGGGAUGGAAACCUCGGAUGGAAGUCCCAGUGUUGAACAUGUUUAUGUCUUUCAUAACUAUUUUAUCUGAUUUAUUUUGUUUGUUUGGUUAGUUUAUUGUCAAUUUGCUUUUAUUCAUGCCCAAUGCCAGGGGAGAAGGAAGGACUGUUUCAUUUUCUGUAAACAUCCACCAGUAAAGCUUCAUGUCCAACAGAUAAUGGUUAUGGUGGUUAUGUGGUUUUUGAGGGAUAUAUGACACAUUAUCCUUUAAUAAAGACAGAAGGCACUAUGUUUCAAAGGUAGUGAAAUAAUGGACUAUCAUCUGUUGAAUCCUUUCUCUCUCAUAUUGAAUCCCUUCUCUCUCACAUUGAAUACAUUCUCUCAUUGUGAACAUUUUGAUGGCAUCUGAAAUGCUGCUGUCAAUAUGACGCGUGGCCUUGUAUCCAUUGUGCUACAUGUAUACUGUAGUUGUAUAAUUAUGAAUUGUAUGCGUUAUUUUGUGACCUGGUCUAAGCGGAAAAACAUUUCAAGCAUCACUAGCUUUUCAAGAAUAUUGCAAUUUAAACGUGUUGAUUACAUUUUUCCCACAGUCAUUGGUCGAACAAAAAAACAUUCAGACUUCAAAAUAACCUGUUUGUUCAACACCUUAUUCUUCUAGGUUAAUUCAACGGCUGUAUUCUAGGUUGCUUCAAAUUCAAGGGAAAGUUCAAUCGAAAAAAAAAGGUCUAAAUUGGGCAGCAUAAACAGAGCAGAAUAAACCAGUGAAAUCCUUGGUUGUGUCCCAAAUUGCACCCGAUCCCUAUAUAGUGCAAUACUUUUGACCAGGGGCAUUUGGGGAAUAUGAUGUGGGGAAUAUGGGAUAGGGUGCCAUUUGGGAUGCGGCCGUCUUUUGAAACUGAACACCUUCCUUCAUUGAAAAGACCUCUUCAGAACAGCUCUGGAUUAGGCUGUCAUUGGCAGAGCUGUGAAGGCGGCGACAGCGACAUUCUCUGUGUGAAUGUCUACAGUGUGUUGUAUUAUUCAUGGGCUAAGAAACAUGCACAUGACCUACAGAGUAAUUUGGCCCUUGUUCCUAGGAACCAGGCUCCAGUCUCUAAGGGUUUAAUUAAAGACUGUGGAGGCAGUGGCCCGUCUCCCUCCAUGGCCUUUCAUUUAACGGUGGCUGCUGAUCCAACUUUUCCGCAGCCUUAGCCUUCAUUUAAACACCAAAUUCAUCCCAAAUGGCACCAUAUUACCUAUAUAGUAUGCUACUUUUGAUAAGUAAAUCAGGUGAGCCUGAUUUACUUAACAAACGCCACAUCUCAAUAGGCGGUACAGGUGUCCUCUGAAAUGGCACAAGUGUGUGGGGAGGGGGGGGGGGAGUGGUGGUAAUUUACUCUAUUGUCAAUGACAUCCAUCAGAAGGCACUGUCAGACCAGCUCCUUCAAGAUCCUACUCCAUGAAGUUUUCCUGACAUUUUGUUACCCUUAGGGCGAGACUGAUCCGUGUGCAUCUCCACAGCAUCUCCGCUGACAGUCAGUGUUCUACUCCCAUUGAGAAACCAUUGAAAAUCAUGGAUAUGGAACAAAUCAACAGGCUAAUCUGGCCUCGCCCUUAAGUGUGUGUAAAUUACUGUUUUUAAAAAGGAAAAAGAGGAAAAGUAAAAACAAUUUGUUGGAGUACGCCUUUGAACACAGAUGCUCCCUGAGUUAUUUGGAGUUUCUCCUCCUGACUAGGAAGUUGUCACCUAUCUUCCAUCCCCAGAAAUGGACUGAACAUCUUCCAGUGUGUAGUGUAGUGCCCAUUCAAAAAAGACGAUCGUGACUUAUUUUUCUGUAACAGAUCCAUUAACUUUGCUCUGAAUUGGUAAGUAAAACAACGGGUACUGUAAAUGCAUCGUGAUUUUGUCCAAAAAUAUUUUUAUUCAAAACCCAAUUUUUGGGGUUAUUGUUUAGAGUGAUAGACUUUCAUUCUGUGGUGUUAUAAUUUCCAAACGUUUUUUUCAGGCACUUGAAUAUUGGGCUGUGGUCAAAACAAAUGCACAUGUUGUUAGACUGAAUAUAGUUUUUUAAUUGCCUUGGAUUGGAUUCAUUCAAAAAGAACAUGAAUGGGAAAUAUUGCAUCGCUGAAGCUUCCUCUUUCCUUUUGCGCUUAAUUGUUUGAUGAAUAAAAUGCACUUUAUUCCCCCUGUAUGUAUCAAAUGUUUGUAUUAGGACAGCCUCGGAAGCUGGUCACAUCGUUUAUUUUCUGCGUACCAUAUUUCAAUCACAAAUCAAAAACGUUCAUGCAAAAUAUAUUGUAUAAAUUGCACAUUUUCAUUUCAAAUUCAAGCUUUCUAGAUUACUUGUGGCUGUGGAUUUCAUCAUACGCACAAAUCCGCGCGCACAAACGUUUUAUGAAUGAGGCCCCUGUAUUGCUCCCUCUGGAUCGCCAUGAAGUGAAAUUGAAUAGUGUACUGUAUUUGUACACAGUACCUGAGUGACAUACAGAGGCACAUGCCAAAUGGAUUCGAGCAGCCCUUUCCUGCAGUUAAAUAACCCAGUGGACUCAUGGAUGGAAUAUUAUUCAUAUAUUUCAUAAUUACUAAACAGAUGUUUGGUGUUUCUAUAUCAAGUGGUGUGAUGUAAUAUUGGGAUGCAAACUCAACAUGUAAUACAUUUCAACUCUAUAGGGGUGGCAGGUAGCCUGGUAGUUAGAGCGU